AUGGAGCCGUCCAAGAAGACGGGCUUCUGGACACAACACGUGGAUCCGAGCAACGGGCGGACGUAUUACUUCAAUAUGGCAAUAGGACGGAGUGUCUACGAGCUGCCACUUCCACUGCAGACUCAAGUCAAGACACCGACGUUGGACGCGCUCCGUGCGUGGGACUCUGAAUCUGCCGAGCGCAAAUACGGAGCUGCGUACCGUGAAGCAGGUGGUGAUCACAAGGAUGAUCUGCGCCAAAAGCGGGAGGAAGCUCUGGCCAAGUGCCGAAGUCAAGCUGUCGAAGCUCGAGAAUCUGCACCGGCCAAGCUCGUGUCGCUGGAAGAGCGGAUGGCACUUGCAGCAAAGAAGAGAAAAGCAGAGGAAGUGAAGCACCUUGCGGGUAGCAACAAAGUGCUUGCAAGUGCAAGUUCGAGCGAGUACCUCGACUUGGUGCGUCAGUUGCAACAGCCGAACGACGGGGAGGAAGGAACAGGCGGCAAGUGGCUCGUGCGGUGA